AUGGACCAAACUCAAAAUGAGUCUGGUUGGAUGCAUUCUAUCAAAGUAACACUGGGUUCUCUAGAUCACAGAGAGGUUAAAUCUUUCAUAAGCAGCAUUCCCAGUGUUCCAAGCAAACUUAGAAAACCCAAUGAGGAAGCUUACUCACCUAAGCUUGUCACCAUUGGACCAAUACACAGGGGAACCAGUAGCCACCUGCUAGCCAUGGAAGAACACAAAUGGCGUUACAUGCUUGCUCUUCUUCACAGAACCCAAAACCCAGUUUCAACCUUGGAUGAAUGUGGCACAGUCAUUCUAGGCUUGGAUGAUGCAGUUCGUGCAAGCUAUGGAGGUAACAUCAAAUAUGAACCUCAUGAGCUAGCUAAAAUAAUGUUACUUGAUGGUUCCUUCUUGUUAGAACUCCUCCUUAGGUGUGGUCCACAAGAUAUGGUACCUCAAAUUCCAAAUGAAGAUAACCAUCAUGGUUCUUCUUCAGACCCUAUACUAGGACACCAAGAGAUGCUAUCAUCUGUUCUCACUGAUCUCACUUUGUUAGAGAACCAAAUACCCUUUUUUGUUCUCAAGACAUUGGCUAGGACACUUUUUCCAAAUGUCUUCACAAGUCAAGUUGAUCACCUUGUUGCUGAUCUUACACUGUCUCUCUUUUGCUACCCUUUGAUUCGUUGUCCUGCUGUGGCACAUUUUCUUCAUCUUAUGCACUUGUCUUCCAUUAUUGAUGAGGGGCAGAAGGUGAAACAAGCUCAACAAGAACUAAAGCGUUGUGCUACAAGGCUCAGAGCUGCUGGGGUAACAAUUAGACCAGUAGAUAGGCAUAGCAAGCUUGUUAAUUUGUUUGGCUUUGACAUAAGGUUCCUCAAAGGGGUGCUAGAAAUCCCACCUUUGCAUGUAGUCGAAACAACUGAGGUCUAUUUGAGGAACUUCAUUGCUUGGGAACAAAGCAGAAUUGGAAUCAGCAGGCAAUUCACUUCUUAUGCUUUGUUACUCAGAGGCUUGAUAUGUUCUCUGCAAGAUAUUGAGACGCUUGUGGACAAUGGAGUUCUGGUGAAAGAUACUAAGAUCAGCAAUGAAGAUUUGCUCACUUUAUUUGGCACAAUCACAAAGGGUGUGGACCAAAUGGACUCCAGUUACAGUAAACUUUGUGAGGACUUGAAUACAUACUCAGCAGUGAACCCCUUGAAGAAGUUCCCUAUACUGAUAUGGCAUUAUUGUAGACUUUGUGUAGAAUGCAUGAGAUACUUUUGCAAACGCAGCUACAGAAUCUUGAUUCGCGAUCAUAUACCAAAUGUUUGGAAAUUGAUAGGAAUUGUGGUAGCUGCAGUGCUGCUUGUUCUCACCAUUAUGCAAACCUAUUUUUCAGCCCGGGCUAAGUAA